AUGGAUAAAGGAGGUGCUUCUGCUGCUUUUUGGCCCAGGGACUUGUCCCAGAUAGGUCAAGAAAACCCGCGUGUUCCCACCCUCGAGGGGCUGGAGUACGAGGCGAUCUUCGAUAAAUUCUUUGACUACGAGCUCUACUCUGAUUCCACUCAAACCCAGGAGCACUUAGCAGCUUCUAGCCCUUUUCGUUCAACCCGCCGGGAAUCUUCCCCGUUCAUCACUGAUAUCCCUUACUUUUUUGAUCACCUCUCACUUGGGAGAGACGAGGCCGGGUACCCAAACAUGACCCCUGGCCUGAACCUGGACGAUGGGAUCACCACAUCCGAGUCCAUGGGUCAGACCCCACCGGGACUUGUCAGAGGUGAUAGCACCUCUCCUUCGUCUCCCUCGUCUCCCUCGGGCUCUUUCUCUCUCGAAGGCGUAGACGAUCCUCGUCGACGUCCUCGACACAGUCUUCGAGAGUUUCGGGCCCAGGAUGAUGAAUGGACCUACCCUCAGGCCGUCUCCAGCAAGCAUGCCCCAAAGGCAUAUGGAUACCCGCCCCAGGUUCAAGUCCACGAGUCGUCCUCUCGCCGCUCAAGCCACAGCAGCAAGACAUACUCCCCCCCAUCGACCUCUGGUGUCAAACGUCAGCGAUCUGUGGAGAAGAGGUCCAGGCACCUCUCUGAUCCUGACCAGACAGCCGACGUCCGCAAGAGUGGAGCUUAUGUUUGGUCCCCCGACCCUGCCGAGGAGAGGCGUGUGGUCGAUAACGAGCCUCGUUUUCCCACCGCCAAGCCCAAGGACAUCCUCAUCUACUUUACUCGCGAUGCAGAGUCUCCUUACCUUCGUGCAACUGUCCAAGCAUAUCAUUCCAAAUACGGUGUCGAUGAGAGCCCAAGGAACGCUGCUUUCGAACGCGACAGAUUCCCCAGCUAUCCCGAGCUCCAGCGUUGGGUCGAGGCCCAGAUCAGGCGCGAGCGUAGCUCCAGAUUCGAACAUGUAGUGCAAAACUUUUUGCUCUCAUACUAUGAAGAGGGCCAGGGACUUCCAAAGCACAAUCUCGUCUCCAAAGUUCACACUAUGAACUGCUUCUUCAGGAUCUGGAAAGCUCCGCGCUUCACCUGCUGCAGCUCAUCCAAUAAGAUCUCCCAGGUUCCCUUUACUGUCCAGGCUGAGUUGAGACGCAUUGCAUGGAACGCACUUGUGUCCCAUGAGCAUGACAUCCUCAAGCUACUUGAGGAUGUUUUGGCUCAACAAGACUCGCUCAAAGCACAAGAGAAGCUGGCAGUAUGGGCAAGCUUGUGGCAACUCCUUCUGAUGUACAGAGACUUGAUCAUUGCCCACGAUGGGUAUUUCUCUCGAAACCCCAGUGCUCAGCAAGAUCAGAAUACUGUUGGCGCCUUUGAGAACCUGUACAACAGCUUCUUCCCUUUGAUCGCCAUGUUUUACCACUGCCAAUUCAAGACCCCCAAGAGAAUGGAAAUGUCUAUGGAUUGGCUCAAGGACUAUCCUUCUCAUGCACGACACAGCGCCAAGCUCCGACAGGUCUCCCAGGAUAUGAUGGAUGCUAAGAAGGAAUUCUAUGAGAGAGUUCAGCGAUCGUCACACAAGGUCGAUGAGCGACUGUGCGUCUUCGUGGUCAACCACGAAAUGAAGAAGAUCUCGACAAAGAGACGCCCUCGAAGUAGCACCAAGAGCAAGGGCGCGUGA